GUGAUAAGGAAAACAACCAGUGUUAGGAAAAAUUAACUGAAUAUAAAUUAUAAAUAUUUGACAAAGUUAAAACAGAACGUUGUGAAAAAACGCAAUGGACAAGGAAAAGGGCCGAAAAUCUGAUCCUAAACAUACAAACGAACCGGAAGUUACUGCAGUUUCGAGAUCCGGGAGAAUCAUAAAGAAAUCUUCCAAGUUGUUAGGUUUUGAAUCUUCGGACAUACAAGAAAAAGAUAAAACUCCCAGGUUGUCGAAACAAAGUUCAAAAAGACAAUCGUCCAAUAACGAGCCACUCGAUCAAUUCAAUGAUGAUGAUAACAGUAUGGAAUUUUUAGAAGAUCAACAACACACUGAAAGCAGUGAAUGGACUGUAGACACAAAGGAUUGUGAUAGUUACACUGAACCCAGCGGCACUUCUAUUUCAGUAGGAGAACACAAUCAAUUUAUGUAUGCUCUCAAAAAUUUAAACAUGAAAGAACCAGGGUUUGUAGCAUAUGCAUUAUGGGCUAAAGAAGUACGCAAAACAUUGAUGAACGCUUAUCCAAAUUUUAGUACGGUACAAAUUAAUCAACAGCUCAGAGACAUGUGGAAAUCUGUACCAACAGAGGAUAAAAGUCGAUGGGUACGCAAAGCCAAGAGAUUAUUAGAACGCGAAGGAUUGGAUGACAGCAAUACAGAUGAUUCAAAAAUUACAGUAAAGAAAUCAAGCGAAGAAAUUAUUGAUAAUUCAAUAAAUACAAGCAAUACAAACAAAUCCCAAUUAGAACCGCUAAGAUCGACACAGCCUAUUGACGUAGCAGCUCAUUUGGCUUUACUUGGCGAAUCAUUGGGCAUAAUUGGCCAAAGACUAAAAGAACAUCAAGGCCAGAUAGCUGUAAAUGGUAGUGUAUCAGUCCUUCUAGAUUCUUUGUUAUGUGCCUUGGGACCUCUACUUUGUCUUACUCAACAAGUGACAGAAAUUAAUGUGAACUCCCAAGAAACGAUGUCAAGACUAAUGGACGACAUAGCCUAUAUAAUGCCAGGAUUAUAAAAUUAUUAAUUAAACUAAUCAUUAGAUUUUCCGUUGGUAUAUAUAAUUCUUACCAAUUUAUGAUGAGAAAAAAUAUAAAUGUUAAGAGUGAAGUAGUAAAUAGCAAUCGUUGUACAAAAUUAGAUCCCACAUCAAACUUUAGACUAUUGUACUAAAUACUUUGUAGGCCCUCAAUAAUAAAAUGUACUGUAAAUUAUUAAAAGUUAAGCGUAAUAUUAAUAAGCAUUUUAAAAAUGAUUUAGAUUCAGGUCUGUUCCAUUUCCCCUGUAAAAAAUGUAUAUAUUCAUGUAUUAUUUUAAGCUUUUUUUUUUUUA